AAGUUCAGAACAGAAGCAAACACAGAAAAGUGUCCCGCCCAUGGAAGGAUACUGUAGAUCCUCUCUCUCUCUCUUCCAUUCUCAUUCGCACUUCACUUUUGUAAUCCCAGUUUCAAUACUAAAAGCGAAGUCGAAUAAGCAUUUUCUCGUUAGGGUUUUAUAAUCUGUUUGGAUUGCGAGAAAAAUGUCAAACGAGAUUCGAUUCUUCGAGCUCAACACUGGAGCAAAAAUCCCUUCCCUCGGCUUGGGAACUUGGCAGUCCAAUCCUGGCCUCGUCGGGGAAGCUGUUGCUGCUGCCAUCAAGGUUGGUUACCGCCACAUUGAUUGUGCUCAAAUAUAUGGCAACGAGAAGGAGAUUGGUGUAGUGUUGAAGAAGCUGUUUGAAGAGGGUGUUGUGAAGUGUGAGGAUUUAUGGAUUACCUCUAAACUCUGGAAUACUGAUCAUGCUCCAGAAGAUGUACCACUGGCAUUGGACAGGACGUUGAGAUACUUGCAGCUUGAUUAUGUAGAUUUGUAUCUUAUCCACUGGCCUGCUCCAAUGAAGAAAGGCUCAGUUGGCUUUACGCCUGAAAAUCUUGUGCAGCCAAACAUAGCUGAGACAUGGAAGGCAAUGGAAGCACUCUAUGAUGCUGGCAAGGCUCGGGCUAUAGGUGUAAGCAAUUUCUCUUCCAAAAAGCUAGGGAAUUUACUGGAAAUUGCUCGUGUUCCUCCUGCUGUCAACCAGGUGGAGUGUCAUCCUUCCUGGCAGCAGGACAAGCUGCGGGCUUUCUGCAAAUCCAAAGGUGUCCACCUCUCUGGAUAUUCACCUUUGGGUUCCCCUGGAACAACCUGGCUUAAAAGUGAAGUUCUUAAACAUCCAGUUCUAAAUAUUAUUGCGGAGAAACUAGGCAAGACUCCUGCACAGGUAGCUCUUCGCUGGGGACUGCAAAUGGGCCAUAGUGUGCUUCCCAAGAGUACAAAUGAAGCUAGGAUAAAGGAAAAUUUUGAUGUUUUUGACUGGUGUAUUCCUGAGGACUUGAUUGCUAAAUUUUCUGAGAUUCAACAGGCAAGAUUAAUCAGGGGUAGCACGUUCGUUCACGAAACUUAUGGUGUAUACAGAUCUCUUGAGGAAUUUUGGGAUGGUGAAAUCUGAGCAGUCUGCUCUGUAAAUUUGAUAAGCGAAUGGAAGUGGAAUAGCUCUUCCUGUCUUUGGAUGUAAAGUUCUGGGAAACUGAUUAGUGUACUCCUUUAGUUAAUUUCACCGAGUAGUGCUCGAUUGUUGGCUUGAUCAAAUUUUAUUAAAUGCCUGAUUUAAGACUUCGCAUCAUGACACUCCGUAAUACUCACUCAACAUUUUUUCUGUUUGCACUUUUUCUCUUACUGGACGAAUUCAAAUGC